UCGCCGCCGCCCAGCUGCGCGCCUCCGCCUCUCUUCUCCUCAGUCCUCACCCAGUCGCCGCCGGCCACCAAAACUCCCCCAGCGCAGUCCACCUCCUUCCUUGCUACACACACCCCCUGAACUCCCCGAUAAGCUCUCCAACCACUUCUCGAGUAGCCCCGCCCCGCCCCCACCCGUUUCCCAGCUCCCGGCGGCGGCAUGUCGAGAGCCCUCGCGCGGCGCGCGGCCCCCCCAUUCCUGAGGCUGCGCUCCACGGCGGGCUACGACGGACAAUGGAUCGGCCGGCUGGACCACAAGGACUGGCUCGCCCCGAACGAGGUCCUCAAGAUCUUCGCGAGCAUCAGGGACGCCGCUCUGAUAACCAGCGUGUUCAAGAAAGCCUGCGCCCGGCGCGACUACAAGCCCAGCGAGGCCCUCUACGGCCUGAUGAUCGACCGGCUCGCCGGCGCCAGGCGGUUCGGCGACGUGGAGGAGCUGCUGGCCCGGGCGAGGGCCGAGCGGUUCCGGUUCUCCGACGAGUUCUUCUACAGGCUCAUCAAGAUGUACGGCAAUGUGGCCAACCACCCCGAGAAGGCCAUGGAGACGCUCUGCGCGAUGCCCGAGUACGGCUGCUGGCCCUCCACCAAGACCUUCAACUAUGUGCUCCACAUGCUCGUCUGCAGGCGGCAGUACGAGGUUGUUCAUGAGGUGUACGCCAGCGCGCCCAGGCUGGGCGUGGAGCUCGACACCCGCUGCUUCAACAUCCUUAUCAGGGGGCUGUGCCAAUUUGGGAGAUUCAAUGAGGCCCUUUCGCUGCUGGAUGAGAUGCCGAAGCAGGAGUGCCGGCCUAAUGCGACGACCUACUCGACGCUGAUGCAUUUCCUCUGCCGGAACUGUCGAGUGGAUGAGGCAUUUCAGCUGUUUGAGAGAAUGCGCAAGGAGGAAAUUGAUGCGGAUACGGUUGUUUACAAUAUAUUGGUAUCUGGUCUCUGCAGAGAGGGAAGGGUGACCUCUGCAUAUGAUCUGUUCAAGUCGAUGUCGUCUGAGGGCUGCCAUCCUAAUUCAGGGACUUAUCAGGUACUGCUUGAUGGCCUCGUGGCGUCAAAGAAGUUUGUGGAGGCGAAGGACCUAGUUACUAUGAUGAGUGCUGAAGGUCUGAGGCCUAGUUUCUCAUCGUACAAGCUGCUAAUUGAUGGACUCUGUAGUUUUAACUGCUUAGAUGAUGCACAUCUUGUCUUGAAGCAAAUGGUGGACCAAGGUUUUGUUCCUAGGAUGGGUACUUGGACAAAACUUCUUACAUCCUUAUGCUGAAAUGUAUGUUCAUGUCAGUGGUUUACUGGACCUGACAAUACACUUGAGCAAUGAGAUUAUUUUGUUA